CAUCCUUGAAACCGGACCGUACCAGACGGUUAAAAAUCUCAUACAUUACGCUUUUUACUAAUUUACCGGAUCUUUCCUGACCGGGCUCACCCUUUUAAAAAAUUCCCUCACUCACCCGGAAAACUAUCUGUUGUUGAGCAGAGGCUGCAGAGCCGCAAAAAUCGAGUAUCAGCAAGUGAAGAGUUAGAGAACUCCCAAAGAUGCAAUCCUUUCUUCUAUUUGUUCUUCGUCUCUCGAUAACUCUGAGUUUUCAUAAAAUUGGAUAUGCCGUAGAAGGCGGGUUUUGUUCUGCACCACCAAUCUUGAGUUUUGAUUCCGGCUCUAGACCACUGUAUUGGAAAGUCACUAACCCUACACUUUCUCCUUCUCGCCUCCAAGACUUGCCAGGGUUUACAAGGAGUGUGUAUAAAAGAGAUCAUGCUUUAGUUGCUCCUGAAAGUCAUGUGUUCAGCCCUUUACCAGAUUGGACAAACACCCUCGCAGCAUAUUUAGUCACACCUGAAAUGGGAUCACAUUUUGUUAUGUACUUGGCAAAAAUGCAAGAAAAUUCAACAUCCGCGCUUCCUCCUAUGGGCGUUGAAAGGUUCAUAUUUGUGGUUGAGGGCAAUGUAGUUUUGACUAUUGUGCCUGGAAGAAGACACUUGCUGAAGGUGGACUCUUAUGCAUAUUUGCCUCCUGGUCUGGAACACACUGUCAAGUCGGAUGUAUCUGCUACCCUUGUUGUACUGGAGAGAAGAUAUGCCAAGAUAGAAAAUUAUGCAAGCAGAGAGAUUAUUGGUUCAACAGACCGGCAACCCCUCCUUGAAACCCCCGGCGAGGUCUUUGAACUGAGAAAACUUCUUCCCGCAUCUUUAGAUUAUGACUUCAAUGUUCAUAUCAUGGAUUUUCAACCAGGGGAAUUCCUGAAUGUAAAAGAGGUACACUAUAAUCAGCAUGGUUUGUUGCUUUUGGAGGGGCAGGGUAUAUACCGAUUAGGUGAUAGCUGGUAUCCUGUCGAAGCCGGUGAUGCCAUCUGGAUGGCGCCGUUUGUUCCCCAGUGGUAUGCAGCUCUUGGAAAGACUCGCACACGCUACUUGUUGUAUAAAGACGUAAAUAGGAAUCCCUUGUUUUAGAGGGCUGAAUUUGUGAGAGAUUCAUACAGUCAAUAGCGGUGGUUACACACAAGCGUUGGAUCCAAUGAUUCAAAGAACAUGCAGCUAAUUGAAUCUUUUUUCUGCUUGUUUGGAUCGUUCGUUUAUGGACAUUUUAUAUUUCAAUGAUUCAAUCUCAUCAUUGAUACAACUGUUUUAGUGAAGGACUAGGGUACUGACAAUUGCUUUCCAUCGACCAAUUAAAUAUAGGGAAAAUGGAAACUAAUAAUCCAACCUUUUAGCGGUCUUCUUUUAAUAGUCCCACAUUUUCGUUAUUCAUGAAUAAUUCCUGACCGGUUGAUGACCUGCUAUUCCAAGUUAUUUUCUUAUCUUUGCAAAAUAUUAUCUUUGUGAAAGGUGGAAUUUAUGGUAUAAUAGUUUGCAGAGAUGAGAAAAUAACUCGGAAUAGCAGGUCAUCAACCGGUUGGGGACCAAUGAAUGAAGAUGAGGUGCAAAGAUUCGAUUAUUCAUGAAUAACGAAAAGGUCGGACUAUUAAAAGAAGACCGCUAAAAGGUUGGAUUAUUAGUUUCCAUUUUCCCUUAAAUAUAUCUCCUUGAGUUAAUCAGUGAGAAGUUGUUCAGGAUGACUUGUGGAACUUUUGUUGGUGACAAAACUGGAUGGAGCCGACUAUUAAAUGAUUCUUAUUAUAAAAAAAAUGCUGACGAAGUGGUUCUUAUUAAAAAAAAAUAUGCUAUAGUUGUUGGGAAGAAAAGAUUUGGGAAGCUUAGGUACAGUAAGAUGCAGAGUUGAUCUGCCAUUGGUUGGUAUCACGCCACACCACCUUGGGAAUGGGAUGACCAACCAACUCCCCAAUACACAGACAUUAACAACAGUUAAAAGAUGAGAUAGAAUAUUCAAGAUGCGUGCACUAUAUACACAAAGAAAUCAAAUCCAAAGAAAGCUCGAGCAACAACGAAUGAGCCUGCUGCUGGGAAUCACCACACAAACAAACAAAACAACCAUCUUUAUACUAUAUGUUACAUGCUCGGGGCUGUCAUGGCUACUAAACUCAUGAUGCGCACACCUAUAACUCAAUUCAUUCAUAUACUCCCUGAGUCUCCCUCCCUCUGUAAUAAGUUGUUACUAAAAAUACUAGUUGGCUAGUUACUAAGAUUCAUAAAGGCGUCUAUGAUUCUUCUCCAGGAGGGGGAGGGGAUGCCGUCCUGGCCUUUUUGUUGUUGUUAUUCAUCUCAUGCAACACCUUCCCAAAAACAUCCAGCAUCUGCUUCUGGGAUUCAAGUAUCAUCUCACUCUGCUUCAUCUCUCUUUCCAUCCUCAUCUGCUCCAUCUCCUUUGCCAUCUCCAUUUUCAUGUUCUCUAUCUUGAUGAAUCCUUCUGCCAAGAACCGGAUCGACAAAGCUAUCUGAUCACUACUGCUCCUCGAUUCCCUCUCCCGUUUCACUCCCCCGCCUGUGCCCGCUGCUGAUCUCUGAAAACUUGAAUUUCCCCUACUUGCAUGGCCUGAAUUUCUUUGUUCCAACAACCUCAUCAGAUAUUCCUCACUUGGAUCAAUUCUGUCCUCAUACUCUGUCAAAUUCAGAUGCCGCCCUUCUCCUCUAUCAAAACCAUUCUUCAUCUCACAAUUAUUGAAAUCGCUCCUCUUUGGUUUGAAUCCAACAGGGAGUGGAAUAGCAUUGAACCGGGUUUUGAUGGGGAAUGCCUUUUCUAAAGGAAGAGCAGCAGCAGCUUCAACUUGCUGUUUCUUGCUGCUUGCAACAUCCAAAUGCGACCCGUAACCAUUUGGGACUCGAGAGGCAUAAUUAUUGGGGUUUGGAUUCUCCAUAGGAUUGUUGAGCUUUAGUUUGACCAAGUUCUGAUCGAUCAAGGUUUUAAAACCGAAGCCCUGAACCAUGUGGUGUUCGUCUUGAUCGGGGUUGGAUCUAGCAGCAGCUGAAACCUGCGUUCCGUUCUCCAUGGCAUCCAUAUUCUCGAAGAAGAACCAAUUGGAGAAGAAGGUCCCGGCAGGGUAUGAGAGGGAUCGCUGCUUCUCGGCACGGUAACGCUGGCGGAGCUUCUCCAUCUUGUGCCGGCACUGAGCGGAAGUCUUGGCGGGAGACGCAUCUGGACAGCGGUUGAACACCGCCUCCGCCACAGAGUCCCAGUCCGCGGUACGGAGGUAUCCGCGUCGGAGCGCGUACCACCUCUCCCUGUAGGCCUCGAUCAGGGCCAAGGUCUCCUCUUGCGUCCAACAGGGCGCGGGGAAUUUCCGGCAAGGCUUCUCUUGCGCUACCGCCAGAACGUCGAUGGCGGCUUCCGCUGCUGCGUCAGUGGUGGACGACAUAACCCAACGCCGCUGUCUGCGGGUGAUCACGUUCGUUAGAAAUAGGGAACCGCCGGAAAGAAUGAAUCGUAUCUUCUUCUUCCUCCUCCUCCGAGUUUGUUUGUGGGUUAUAUCGAUCGGAAUCGGAGGAGGAAAGUAGGUUAGGUUUUGGGUGGGUGGGAGAGUGGUGGUGGCCUAGUGUCUCGAGUGGAUGCCAUCACUGUUGUUUGUUUGGUACAGAUGAGAUGGUCUGUAGUGGUUGACUAAAACCCAAAUGACACACCCCACUUGGAUCCCACGUUCUUUGUCCACAAUUCAUCUAAAU